AUGUCGGACCGCCCGAGUUCUCCCAGUGCAGCACAUCUGGAGCCUCCUCACAAAGGUGUCGAGGUGGAGGAUCCCGGAGCUCAGGAGUCUGCAAGUGAAGGAGAGGGAGAAGAGGAAGAAGAUGACCACUUUUCCGAUGCCAGCGAAGGCCGCAGCGAAUCCCGCUCUCUCAAUGCGUCGAGAGCAGCCUCACCCGUGCCUCGCACGAGGGUAGAAAAGGUCGACGAAGGGCCCCGCCAUGGAGAGGUCCCUGGCACACCUGCAUACAGCCAGCGAGGCCAAGAUGCCGUUCCAGACGAAGUGGAAGUUGUCCCGGAAGGCUCACGAAGUCGAAGCUCGUCCAGAGUGGAAUCGCCAGUCACACCAGGUGGAACUCCCAUCCCACAGACAAUAGUUAGCAAGGUCGACGAAGCACCCAGCUACGGGGAUGUGCCAGGAACUCCAGCAUACGACCAGCGAAAAGCAGACGCCGUGCCGGACAUUGUUCUUAAAACGCCAGGCGAACCACAGACACCAUCAAGUCUAUCCAGGGAAAGUUCGGACCAAUCCGUACCUGAAACCCGGUUAUCCCGUGUAGACAGCCUUCCAAAGGAUCCAGCGUCACCAAUGCUCCGAGCCCACCGCCGGAGUCCCAGUGACGCAUUGCCGGAUUUUACAGAGACGGUAGAGGAGACGCCCGGCGAUGACGACUUUGGUGAUGAUUUUGAUGAAUUCGAAGAAGGAGAAAAUGAUGGAGAAGUAGAGGAUGACUUUGGUGAUUUUGACGAGGGCGACUUUGAAGAACCCAUUAAGGAGGCGCAUGGAAAUCUCCCUGUUGAUAGCACGAUUUCCAUGCAACCUCCUGCGCCCACUUCUUUGCUGCCUCUACCAGAUUUUAGCGACAUGUCCUCCUUAACCGACCUCCUGACAACAACAAACGACUCCCUUGAUACACUAUUUCCCGAGACAAAAGAAAUUGCCUCCCUUCCACCCCUGGAACCCAUAUUAGACCAAUCCGCUAUCUUUAGUAGUGAACGGUCACUCUCCCUAUGGUCACAACUUGUCGCUCCCCCUCCAUUGCAACCUCCGAACUGGGUCAAGUCUCGCAUUCGAAGGUUGUUCCUGGUCUCUCUCGGUGUUCCCGUUGACCUAGAUGAGAUUUUGCCAGCGUCAAAACAAAAGAAACUGAUUUUACCGUCCAUUGAUUUCGAAGGGUCUGCCUAUGAUUUGUCCAAGACAUUGAAUAAGACAAAGCAGAGCGACGCUCCUCAGAACGAUUCUACGACAUCAGUGAAUUCUACAGGUUCCCGACAAAAAUUCGGUCGACGACGAGGGCCGCCGCCCCCUCCAGAGCUGGAUCUUUCAGCAGUGCGGCGGAUGUGCUCGACGACAGAUGCUGCUCUGGACGGGUUUUCCGAUAUAGAGCUCCAAGACCAUGUGCUGCUACUGGAAAACACCUCUACAAAAGCCAACGAUGUGUUUGAGUACUGGCGCAAGAAAACCGACGGGCUAGUGGGAGAAAAAGAAGCCUUUGAGGGUGUGAUUGAGAACAUGGUCACUCACGCCCGACGUGUUCGAAAAUAA